UUUGUUAGGACAGAAUGACAAUCAGCCUUUUUGCAGAGAAAGUUAGAGAAGUCAAAUAUUCUCUUUAAAAAUCAGAAUAUCAUAGAUCUCAGUCUGUUCUUUCAGCAUUGUUUCUUGUGAAGACUCUUAAAGGACUGCAUUUACUUCUAAUCCCAGCAUCACUUCUUGCAAAAUUUACUAAUUUCUAUAAGAAAAUUCAUCGUUGUUGAGAACCUGCAGAAGGCAGAAUAACAGCUCCCUCACCAAAAUUGUGCGUGUUCUAAUCCCCAGAACCUCUCAAUAUGGUCCAUGUAUCUCACAACAGUUAUGAAAGGGCUUCCUGGAAGAGCAAAAAUCCAAAAAACAAAAACAAAAACAAACAAAAUGAAACAAAACAAAAAACAUGUGCCCCAACUCACACGGCCCCACCUUACCAGAGAGAGAGGAUCACAGACUGACAGACACUAACAUCUAUAAAAGUGGACACCACAAUUUUGCAAAGUCAUUGAACCCUGAGCUCACUUACAGUCCAAAGGAAGCCAUGCUGGACGAAGAUGGAUACAUCACUUUAAAUAUUAAAACCCGAAAAUCAGCUCUCACCUCAGUUGACUCUGAUAACUCAUCUCUGUGGCGUGUGAUGGCUUUGAUUCUGCUGAUCUUGUGCGUGGGGUUAAUUGUUGGGCUGGUGACUCUGGGGAUAAUGUCUGUUACAGAGCAAAACUACCAACAAGUGGAGAAUAAAAAUGUCUCAGGAACACUGAACCAAUUAGCAAAGCAAUUCUGCCAAUAUUUAAUAAAACAAUCGGAACAAAAGAGCAAUGUCCGCCAUAAAUGCAGCCCAUGUGACAGAAACUGGAGAUACUAUGGAGAUAGUUGCUAUGGAUUCUUCAAGCACAACUUGACAUGGGAGGAGAGUAAGCAGUACUGUAUUAACGUGAAUGCUACUUUGCUGAAGAUCACCAGCCAGAAGGUUCUGAAAUACAUAAAGUCCAGGACUGGAUUUAUUCGUUGGGUUGGAUUAUCCCGCAAGAACCCUAAUGAGAUCUGGAUGUGGGAAGAUGGCUCUGUGCCCUCCAAAGAUGUCAUCUCAGACAUGCAGGAGGAAGAAACAUACACCUCUCUUCGUUGGGAUAGUCCAACACCAAGCUUUUACCAGAAACACCUAUCUUCCACCAAAUAUUCAGGAGCAUGGUGUCUGGUGACGGUGAUUACAUGUAUUCUCUGCGUGGGCUCAAUAGCAACCUCUGUUUUCUUGGGCCUCAAGUUGUUCCAGGUAUCUACCAUUGCAAUGAAACAGCGAGAAAAGCUCAUCCUUCAGGACAGAGCACUGUUGAAUUUCACACAAUGGGAGAGAAACCAUAACCUUCAGAUGAAAUAUUGCCAAACCUUGAUGCAAAACUCUUUCAGUUCAGCCCACAACUGCAGCCCUUGUCCUGACAACUGGAUUCAGAAUGGAGAAAGUUGUUACCAUGUCUUUGAAAACUGGAAAAUUUGGCACACCAGUAAGGAGGACUGUUUGAAGGAGGGCUCUAAUCUUCUACAAAUAGACAGCAAAGAAGAAAUGGACUUUAUCACUGGCAGCCUGAAGAAGGUCAAAAGUGGCUUUGAUUACUGGGUGGGACUGUCUCAAGACGGACUCAGCAAACCUUGGCUUUGGCAAGAUGGUUCCUCUCCCUCCCCUGACCUGUCGCCAGUACAGACAUUGCAAUCAACUAACCAGCUCUGUGGAUAUCUAAAGGACAAGUUCCUUUCUUCUGCUAACUGCAGCAUUUGGAAAUAUUUUAUCUGUGAGAAGUAUGCAUUGAGAUCCUCUAACUGAAAAAAAAUUGUACUUGAAGAGAUCUAUUAUGAUAGUAUGUUGAAUAGGCCAUUGGAAAACCUGCCACAAAAUUCUAAGAGCAAGUGCAGAAGUAAACUUAUGUGUGGGCUACUAAACUCACUACCUGGGACUCAAAACCUAUCUCUACAUUUACACUUGGUAGUUUUCUUCAAUACUUUCCAGGCCUUUAUUUGAUAUUGUUUAAUUUGCCAAGAAUAAAAUCAAUUUAUAGCCUAUAGAGGACAAAAUCCUGAAAGGGGAGAACAAAAUGAAGAAAAAUAAUUUCUUUGUACUUUUUAAAUUUUAUAGCCUAUAGUGACUAUAAACUCCACUCAAAAAUCUAUAAGCCACUGGGGAGAUGAUACAUUUCUAGCCAUUUUUUUAAACAAAUAAACAAAUAAAUAAAUGUGGCCUUUUAUUUAAAGUCUC